AUGGACAACAAGCUCAAGGACCUGAAUUGGUUGAACCUCCACAAGUGCUUGCCGAGAACACACACAGGAGAGAAACCUUAUAGCUGUGGUCAAUGUGGGAAGAGUUUUACUCAGUCAAGAAACCUGAUAUCACACCAGAGAACACACACAGGAGAGAAACCUUGGAAGAGAACUCACCACUGCUCUGACUGCGGGAAGAGAUUCACCUCAUCAGCAGGCAUUAGAAUUCAUCAGAGAAUCCACACAGGAGAGAAACCUUUUAGCUGUACUCAAUGUGGGAAGAGUUUUACUCAAUCAACUAGCCUGAUAUCACACCAGAGAACACACACAGGAGAGAAACCUUGUAACUGUGCUCAAUGUGGGAAGAGUUUUACUAGGUCAACUGGCCUGAUAUCACACCAGAGAACACACACAGGAGAGAAGCCGUAUAGCUGUGAUGAAUGUGGGAAGAGUUAUGUUACAUCUAGCAGUCUGACUAAACACCGGAGAACACACACAGGAGAGAAACCUUAUAGCUGUGAUGAAUGUGGGAAGAGUUUUGUUUCAUCUAACAGUCUGACUAAACACCGGAGAACACACACAGGAGAGAAACCUUAUAGCUGUGCUCAAUGUGGGAAGAGCUUUACUGAGUCUAGCUGUCUGACUAAACACCAGAGAAAACACACAGGAGAGAAGCCUUUUAGCUGUAAUCAAUGUGGGAAGAGUUUUACUACGUCUAGCAAGCGGACUACACACCAUAUAACACAUACAGGAGAAACCUCAGCUGUGAUCACUGUGACCAGAGAUAAUCAGAUAAAAUACCUCAGUCAAUGAAUUAA